CAAUCAUGCUCGGGAAUUCCGUGACGUGGGAGAAAGUGAGCCAUCUCUCCGUCGUGGACGAGCUGCACAUGCAACUGCUGGAGGCGCAAAUGGAACUUUCCGCCGCGAAGAAGGCUGCCUCUCGUAAUGACCAAGGGAUCGACACGGACACCAACGCCAAGGCGGUUGGCGUGUGGAGCGUGACCAUCCUUGGGGCCGAGGAGCUCAACUUGGACGGGAUACUGGACCUGAACCUCACGGGGAUGACCACAGUCGUGGGCUCUGUGGCGAUCGCUGCAUCUUCUGUUGAAAAGGGAAAGGCGUAUGUUCGUUUGGCCAAGACCGACGCGACCACAGUGGACAGCGUCACGAAGCGCUGUUUCUGGAACAAAGCAACUACCACCGCCGUGUUCACUGGCGUCAAGUCCAAGACGGCGACGGCGACUCUCACGCUGCACCAUCCGUCUCCUGUCGUGGCCGAUGUGUUUAUCGGUACCUGCAAGCUGGACGUGUCGAGUCUGCUGGACCAGGAACCGGUGACGUUGUGGGUUCCGUUGACCGGCCCACCAGGCCAACCUGCGACGGAUGCAACAUCUUAUGGACAGGUGCAUGUGACCAUGUCGUUUGAAUACGACGUCGUCACGCGACUCGAACGUUCCGUGGCGGCAUUGAUCGCACAAAAGGAACAUUUGCAGGCCCAAGCUCGUCUGUACGACCUUACCGCGCCAUUAGUCAACGCGUCGGCGCGGCAUCCCGCCGCCUUUGGCGCGGCUGCCACCGGCGCCGGGCUCUACAUUCCCGGACACGUGUUCACCCCCGAGGUGUUUCACCCGGCGGCGGUGGCGCGCACGCCGCUUGCGGACGGCACCAAGGUCGUGACCCCGUUUGGCCAAGGCACAGUUGUGACAUUCCGCGAAUCCACGCGCAUGUACGUGGUGUUGCUGGCGGCCGCCCCGGGCCAAGUGAAGCGGUCGACCAUCGCCUAUCUCCGCGAGGACAGCGUCGCCGACGCCCCAGUGGAGCCGCGGCUGCGAUAUGGUGUCCAUGUAACGACUCCGUACGGCCCCGGCACCGUCGACAGUGUCCGAGCCAGCGACGGCGUCGUGCGCGUAACGUCCACAUUUGGCACGUUGUUUUUGCAGCCGCAGGACGUUGUGACGGUGGAUGAUGCUGCAUCCGCCGCCUCCAUGACCAACAAGGAACGCAUCGACGCGGCGGUGGCCAAGUCCACGGACGGCAACGCCGCGUUCAAAGCCGACGCGCUGGACGACGCCGUGACAUGCUACCUGGCGAGCCUCUCGUUUCUCAAGCAUGUCGACCAGGACGCGGCUACGCACAAGGAGAAGGCGGUGGUGCUGCAGACGAUGAUCCGAUGUCAUUUGAACCUCGCCGCGUGCAAGUUGAAGCGCAACCAACAUGCCGACGCGUGGACCGCGUGCUCGAACGCAAUCUCCAUCUUGCAAGCGCUCGUGGAGAACCGCGAUGGCAAGGUCGCGGCGUGGAUGGGCCGCCUCGGCAUGACAGAAGCGCAAAUCUUCCAUGAAUGGCCGAGCAAAGCGAGGUUCCGCCGCGCCACGGCGCUCGUGGCCAUGGACAACGACGUCGAAGCCAGACAGGACCUCAUGGUCGCGGUCAAGUUGAUGCCCAAGGACAAGGCAUGCCGACAGCUCUUGGAAGCGGUGACCAAGCGCAUGGCCCUGGAGAAGGAGAAGGACAAAUUGCGAUGGGGGGGAUUCCUCGUAAAGGACGAAUCGUCACCCUCCUCCCAACCCGACAACAGCACGCCGCCAUCCACCACUAGUACCACGAUUUCACCCAAGAAGGAUAAGGCGACAAAGAAUACAGGUGUCGACGGAAAGGACGAGAAAGGGACCGUGCCUUGGUACCACAACACGACCGUCGUCGCCGCGGCCUCGGUGGCGGUCGCAGGCGCGGCGGUGCUCCUCCUGUCGGGGCUGUCGAAACGGAAUAAGUAGUAGUACAAUAUCAUGUAGAAAAAACCCUUGAGGUACGCGUUCAUUCACA